GAGUUCUCAGAUCUCAACACUUUACCACCUCCGAAAAUGCUGUCCAGUGCGUACAGGUUCAAUAAGAACGUGCGACGUUCAAUGCUUUUCACUUCAAAAUGGUUCAUUGCUCGCACGACGUCGCAAUCAGACGUUCUGUUGCCAGGACAUGCAUAGACAACGUGGAUCAUGGCUGAAUCAAUGCUUGGACGGACCGGGCUGGCGUUGCAAUUCAACAGACUAGUCAUACCUGAUCCACUGCAUGUCGCUCUUGUUCGAUAUUAGCGGUUUCGUUUUCGGGGCGCUCAAGGUCCUUGAGGAGGUUUUCUCCGAGACCUAUUUCUGGCUUCGAUGUGGUGUCGAAGAGGGUCUGAUUCUUCACGAUGAGGCGAAGGAGGCUGAAGAGCAAUUGCGAAGUACUCGUGCAUUACUCAACUCCCUGCGAGCUGAAGUUGUCUGUGCUGGCGAAUGGUGGCGACAGUACUUUGCGGCAUUUCGUGGUCUAUCACGCAAGAUCAGCGCCCUUGAACACAAGGUGCGGGCACUUCGUGCGCAUAUUGUAGCUACCAGCGAAGAAGGUCGGGCAAAGCUUGAAGAAAAUGGGGAAUCAUAUAAUCCAUGUAUGAUACCAUUAGCAAGCGAUGUAAAGAAUCCUGCCGCAAGUUCAACAUGGUCAUGGAGAAGCCUCACUCAUGCUGGUCUGUCCAAUGACUCUGUUGCGGGCGCACGUCUAGAGAGGGUUGUAAUAGUUGAAUUAGAUCCUCCGGCAAAUCACCUAACUCCGUUUGCUCUUCAUCACGAUCUCCGCAUCACCAGAGGACACCGAGAUUCGACAAGCUCGGUGGCAACCAGUGUCACCGCUGUCGAUUUGGAAGCUCACUGCGAACCUCCGAUCACAAAGCACCAUCGUUCUGACAACGCUUGCUACGUAUCUCCUUGCAAGUAUCAAGGUGCUGCAGAACCCAGCUCGAUAUUGAAGACCUACUCGAUGGGUCCCUUCGUUGAGGAACCUGACAUCGCUUCCAAUAUCAAUGUUGCUGUGAAUGACCGGCAUACCCUCUCGACGAUGUCGAAACGCGAGGUGGUCUUGGAAGAGCUUACUCUGAGUUCACUUCAGCUCAAAGAUCAGCUUGUGUCUCGGAACUCUAUGGUAGAGAUGGAUAUCUCGGAUGGUAUUGACGACAUUGACUUGGUCAGACCGCUUUCAAAUGCGCCUUCGCUAUCUGGAUAGCGAAGAGUCGAGCGCUCCCAGGAGCUGCGCCCCCGAAUGUGCGGGCUUCUGGAAGUGCUUUGAUUUAUCUGUAUAUUCAUCUCUCUCAUCUGUUUUGCUUUCGUUCAUGCUUUCCAUUUUUCUCGCUACCUCGCACUUGCUCGAAAUCGUUUUCUUCUUGUUUUGAUUGUUGUUGUUUUGAUCAUUGGUGUGUACACGUACUGCUCAUCAUUUCCACUGCUAUUGCUGCGGAAGACUGUUAUAGCUAGGUUGUCCCUUUUGACCCUGUGAUAUAAAUGUAUCGUCGAAGAAGUUUGAUAGCAAGGCAUUUCCGAUAACGUCACAGAGCAAGAUA